CGAGGAGGACGAGCGGCUCUGCGUUUCGCCAGCCGAGAGGAGGUCGCCCGGCAGGAGCGCGCAAGCAAACGUUCCUCGACAAAGCUGUGUAAGGACAACUGAACUGAAGCCAGGAAUGGAAGAGGCAGCAGGAUGUAUCUCUCUGUAUCACCAAUAACAAAUAUCACUUGCUGUGUCAUAGCACAUGGAUUUCAGGACUGCCUGUGAAGAGACAAAGACAGGGAGUUGUUUGCUGCAGGAUGGUAACCAGGAGCCUUUCAAAGUGCGAUUGCACUUAGCCAAAGAUAUUUUGAUGAUCCAGGAGCAGGAUGUGAUCUGUGUGUCUGGUGAGCCUUUCUAUUCUGGUGAAAGAACAGUAACAAUUAGAAGACAGACUGUGGGAGGAUUUGGGUUAAGUAUAAAGGGUGGAGCAGAACAUAAUAUUCCAGUGGUCAUUUCUAAGAUUUCCAAAGAACAAAGAGCGGAACUUUCAGGGUUGCUCUUUAUAGGAGAUGCAAUUCUACAGAUUAAUGGAAUUAAUGUGAGAAAAUGCAGGCAUGAAGAAGUGGUUCAGGUCCUUCGCAACGCGGGGGAAGAAGUGACCCUAACCGUAUCCUUCCUGAAAAGAGCACCUGCUUUUCUCAAACUGCCACUGAAUGAAGACUGUGCAUGUGCCCCCAGUGACCAAAGCAGCGGCACCUCUUCCCCACUGUGUGACAGUGGUUUGCAUCUCAACUACCAUCCCAACAAUACGGAUACAUUAUCAUGUUCCUCGUGGCCAGCAUCCCCAGGACUUAGGUGGGAAAAAAGAUGGUGUGAUCUCCGAUUAAUUCCACUUCUUCAUUCACGUUUUUCCCAGUACCUCCCAGGAUCAGAUUUGUGCAGGCAAAAUGCGUUCCAAGUAAUUGCUGUGGAUGGGGUUUGCAGUGGAAUAAUUCAGUGUCUCUCUGCUGAAGACUGUAUUGACUGGCUACAAGCAAUAGCAACUAACAUUUCCAACCUCACAAAGCACAAUAUAAAAAAAAUCAACAGGAAUUUUCCCGUAAACCAGCAGAUAGUCUAUAUGGGCUGGACGGAAGAACGGGAACAAGACUCCCUCCAGGAUCGAAUGUACACACCAAAGUUUCUAGCACUGAGGGGAUCUUCUCUUUAUAAAUUUAUAGCACCUCCAGUCACAACCUGGGAUUGGACACGAGCAGAGAAAACAUUUUCAGUUUAUGAGAUAAUGUGCAAAAUUCUCAAGGACAGUGAUCUACUGGACCGACGGAAACAUUGCUUUGGUGUCCAGUCUGAAACUGGAGAAGAUCUCUACUUUUCUGUGGAACUGGAGUCUGACCUAACGCUAUGGGAAAAAGCCUUCCAAACAGCAACUUUUUUAGAAGUUGAAAGGAUACAGUGCAAGACAUACGCCUGUGUUUUGGAGAGUCAUCUUAUGGGACUUACCAUUGACUUCAGCAUGGGCUUUGUAUGCUUUGAUGCUGCCACAAAGGCCGUACUUUGGAGGUACAAGUUUUCCCAGCUCAAAGGUUCUUCAGAUGAUGGGAAGAGCAAAAUCAAAUUUUUGUUCCAAAACCUAGAUACUAAACAAAUUGAAGCAAAGGAGCUGGAGUUUUCCAACCUGUUUGCAGUCCUUCACUGCAUCCACUCAUUCUUUGCAGCCAAAGUGGCUUGUUUGGACCCUUUGUUCGUAGGCAGUCAAGCCACAGCUUCUGCUGUUCCCACAACUUCUGGUACUGGCAAAUUAAAGUAUACUACUUGACAUCUCACAUUACAGCACUGCCACUUAACAGCAAGACAUAACAAUGUAUAUAUUCAUGAGAUUUAGACCUUUGGUGAACCGUGCACAUGGAAACCAAUCUUUGGAGGCAAGACGUGUUGCAGUAUCAGCAGAUAAAUGGUCACGUGGGAUCAUAAAUUCAUCUCUGUUCUGCAAGACACCAGUAAAUACUCCUAGCCAAAACCCCAGAAUAGGAUGGAUAUGCUUUUAGUAUGAUUUGUACUUACAUAGUGCUUUAAGCAACACUGGAAGCAAGAGAGUAAAUGACGCAGUGAAGCACUUUGGUAUUUAAUAAAAUUUUCAAAUUGCUGUAAUAAUACACAAAUAGAAUUGUCAUUUUCCUGUUUUCAGAUGUUUUUAUAUGACAGUAUACUAAACCCCAAGUAUGAACUUAAUACCCUACUACUAUAAUAUAAAUGACAUAAGAGCAAGCAACAAGCAUAUACUACAUGGUGACAAGGAAAUGAGCAUGAAAAGGCAUUUGUGUAAGUAUCUUCUCAAAUAAGAAAGCACUUUAAGCACUGUUGUAAAUCCAUACUUGUGUCCAUACAUGGAGUCAUGCUACUGUUUUUUUAUUUUGUUCUUUUAUUCUAACAGCAACAAUGACAAAGAUAUAGCCAUAUUGGACUGACACAGUAAAAAAAAUCCAUGAAUAAGUCCUUCUUCACCUAAGAAUAGAUGUAAUAUGAAUUUAAUUUUAAGUAUAAAUUAAGUGCAAGUGUGUAAUGUAUCAUGUCCAUUAUUUCCUUGCCCCUAUUUUGUUUCGUAGAGAAUUAAAUUCUGUAAAUCUAGUAGUCUUUGUUCACAAGUUUUAAUUUUUGAAUUUGUUGCAGACACAAUCCACCUAACUCAUCGUUUCCAUGUAUAAUCUUGAUUUCACAUCAUAAAUACAACCUCUCUUCCACUCAGGCUCUCAGCAAAAUAGACAUCCAACAUUAUGCUUGAAAAAUGAUUCCACCCUUUGAAUUCUUAAUAAUUUCCUUUUUUAUAUUAUUAGUAAAAGACAGGAACAAAUUAAAUAACUUGUAAAGAUAGAAUUGGUGGCAGAAUGCAUAAUGUCUUUGCAUAGUUAAAAUUUUACAUCACUCUGGACCACAUAUUAUCCAUACUAGUUCAAGAGUCUCAUUUAAUGAUGAAAUCUGAGAGCGCUGUAAAUUUUAAACUAGUAACUUUAUUUGAACAUCAUUUUGCAAAAUAAUUUAAUUUUGUGCUAAUACACACAUUAGUGGAGAUGGCAAAAUGUUGGGAGCAUGCGUGUGAUAUAGCUGAAACAGUGCAAGAGGUAUUUUUUUUUUCAAAGGCAGGGCAAAAGAAAUUAAAAAAUUGCAGGAAGAACAGCUGCUGCAACUUCAGCAUGUGCAUAAUAUUUUUAAAUAGUGCUUUGGGAGGGUUCUGCUUACUAUAUUCAAAUUGAAACUUUAUGUUUUUUUCUUUGACUUUGACACACAUAGCAGAUUAGGUUUAUGAAUACAAUCUGCCUAGUGUAGCAGAAAGACUAAAUCUAUCACAUCCACUUCUAUAUAUGAGAAGAAUUAUAACCACAUAGACAAAUCUAGGGGAAAGCUUUUUCAGAGUGGGCGCAGUUCAGAAUGUAAGGCAGGGACAAGAGAGGAAUGAACUGCAGGGACAAAUCAUGCCUCUGUCCUUUAGAAGUAUUUGAACUGAUGUAUAUGAGAGACUGUCCUUGUAAAAUGUGGCCUUGAAGUAUAGCCGAUUCUAGUUUCAAAUAAACUGAAAAUAUAUUUUCCGGGAACUCUUUAUCUUUUUCAAAUGACUUUCAGUAGGUGCUUACUUCUCAUGAUGUCUGAGUACACUGCCAAGGGUUACACCAUUAAACACUAAAUAACUGAGUUACACAGUUGCCCAAACAAUGAUGUCGUAAUCCAGCUAUUAAGUGCUAUCAGUAUCAUCAAAGUCCUGCAUUUUCAUACUCAGUAUUAGUGUUGUGUGUGUGCGUUUAUACAAAUCCUUCAUGAAUAAGGGAGUCAAAUCCUGGUCUCUGAAUUCCAUGUAAAACUGCCAUGGCUGUCAGUGGGAUCUAGGAUUUGUUCCUGAGAGAAUAUAAACCCCAGACGUUUUGAAUCUAAAACUGCAACGGUCUCAGGAUGGUAACUCAGACAUUUUCCUUGUCAAGAAAGCAUAUACUGGAAAUGCAAAUUGUGACACAGCCAUGACAACGUUGAAGAGCGAAGCCCAAUAUAUCUGUUAAUAACAGUUCUCCUCCUCUGUGCUCCCAAAUCAACUCCUUCCUUUUAGUGUCUGGCAUUCAGCUAUCACUGUGUUGGCUUGUGUUAACACCUAAAUAAAUAUACUCUUGGUAAUAACAGAAUCUAAAACUAGACAGCUGCCAAUUGAAUAUUUUGGGCUUCGGUGACACCAGUUCAUACCAUGUGCACAAUUGUACCACUGAAACUGGGAGUUGUCUUAAGGGGAGUUGUUUAAUGUGCUAAAAUGUGAACGUAGCCUAUUGCUGAAACAACAGAAGUUAUGCCAUUGCAAACGGCUUUAGAUUGAGGGAUUUCAUGAUAUGAAUGUGAAACAAUUAAAUGAAUUGCACUUUGCUCAGAACUGAACUAAUCAAAUGAUUUUGGGGGGCCUGGACUCCACCAGGCUAUACGAGAGAUCUCUGUCACAUACUCUGUCUGUAGAACUGCUGUAUACAUCAAUGAGAAUAUUUUUACUGGGUGUUAAGUGCAGGAUAUUUAAGAGACAGUAGACUGUAAAUUGGUGCUGUGAUUUGUUUUUCUUUCUUUCUUUCUUUUUUAAAACCACUGCAUUUCCAAGAGCUAAACUGAUGAGGCUUAAUCAAUGCUUUUAGUCUCAAGAAGAUUAAAGUGAUGUUGUGAGAGUAUAUAAUGUGAUAGCCUUGGCUGCAGCUCUGUGUUGGUUUAUUAAUACAGCAGGGGUUUGUCUACUGAAUUCAUAGAAUAUUUAGAGAUGACUCCACCAUCCAAGCUUGCCCUUGUAGAAGAGGUUGGUAGAAACCUCAGUCAUGAACCAAGGAGGGCAAAUUUUAAAUUCUGUGUUAUAAAUAAUCCUGAAAGAGUGAAGUAUAAUUUACAGAUGUAUUAAAUGGCUAUAUUUUUCAUUUAAAUACAUAUAGAAGAUUCCCAUUUAAAGCAUAGUGGACUUCAUAUACAUAUAUCUAAAGGCAGGCUUUAUGUUCCAGUCUCCCAUUUUCUGUAUAACAAAUAAUGAAUACACUUAUUUUGUAAGCUGACUCAGCACAGUGAUUAUGAAGAUAAACACAAUUAUAAUGAACUACCAUCAUCUACUGAAAGUCUGUAAACAAAUGAAAUCAACUAUUUUAACCAAAAAAUGCAAACCAGCCAAAAUAAAAUAAACCCAUAAAACCCCCAUAAAAUAAAAUGUAAUUUGUUCUCUUUAUGCCAUGAUAUUGAUCCUUAAAUAAGUUUAUUAAAAAAAAAUUCUUUAUACAUAUAGUACUGCGCCUAUUGAAGUCAUGUUAAAUAGUAUACCAAAAAUAUGUACUCUUAAGUAUAACUAAAUACAUUUGGUUUGACUUACUUUAUGAUGGAAACUUUAGAUGAUCUGACCUUCACAGAACUAACCAUAAGCUAGGCUAUCGUGGUAGCAUAAUUUUGUUAUAAAAGUGUUACAAAUUUGAAGACUGUUAUUCUGGAUUUCACCAGUGAAUGAGUUAUGUAUUUCAUUUCCUACAUCUGUUUAAAAAUACAGUUAAAAUUUUUCAAAAGAACUUUGUAUUCCAGUAGCAUGAAAGCACCUUUAAAAUAAAAAUUGGGAUUUUUUUAAA